GACACGGGUUCGUCGUGAUUGGGGCGCAGUGGUGUCGGAAUUUGGGGAGGGGAUGGUUCGUCGCUGUACGCGGUCCCCGUAGGCGAUGAGGCGGCAGGAUGUCACUCAUAAUUCGACUCCUUCUAUAAGUGACGGGCGCAAUCCAUAGGACGCGCCUUCUUUGUCCUCCCCUUGGAAAUCGUUCGCCGUCUUUCUCUCCGUCUUUCAUUCAUUCCAUCAACAAAAUGAUUCGCGACCAGGUUUUAUCGGCAGCUGCCAUUGAGCAGUCAAUUGACGAAGGUCACAUCAUCGUCGUCCACGAAGGCUACGCUCUCAAGCUCGAUGGAUGGCUCAACAAACACCCCGGCGGUCGCCUCGCAAUUCUUCACAUGGUCGGCAGGGACGCAACUGAUGAGAUCAACGUGUACCACUCCGCACACACGCUCAAGCGCAUGAGAGCAUACCGGAUCGGCCGGAUAGCUCAACCCUGGAGAAACCUCGAGCCGCCUAUCCGCCGCGCCGCCAUUCGUCAACACGACGACAUUCCUUACGAUGAGAAGAGCCAGGGAGACAUCAUUCUCGAUGAGACAGCACACCAAUCCACACAGCAAAAGGCAGAUGCUUUCAGAGCAGAGUACUCGUCCCGCAUGGCCUUCACCUCUGCCAUGGAGCAGAAGGAGAUCGCCGAGGGUCUCGCCAGCAUGCCGUCGGUAGAUGAGAACACACAGCUCGCCAUCGCCAUGGACUUCCGUGCUCUGCAUGAGCGUGUCAAGAACGAGGGCUACUACGACUGUCCAUACAUCGAGUACGGCAAGGAGAUGAUCCGCUACUCUCUCCUCUUCGGCACCUUCAUCUACUUCCUUCGCGCCGAGUGGUACCUCACAUCCGCCUGCUUCCUGGGCAUGUUCUGGCAGCAGAUCAUGUUCACUGCUCACGACGCCGGUCACCGUGGUAUUACUGGCAACUUCAUCGCCGAUACUCUGAUCGGUGCUUUCAUCGCCGACUUCUGCUGUGGUCUGAGUAUUGGAUGGUGGAAGAGCUCGCACAACGUCCACCAUCUCAUCACCAACAUGCCUGAGCACGAUCCCGACCUCCAAAACGUCCCUCUGUUCGCCACAUCACCCACCUACUUCCGCUCCGUCCUCAGCACCUUCUACAACUUCACCUUCAUCUGGGACGCUGCCGCCGACUUCCUCGUCCCCUACCAAAAGUACACUUACUACCCCGUCAUGGCCAUCGCCCGCUUCAACCUCUACCUCCUGUCCUGGCUUCACCUCAUGUCACCUCGUGCCGCCAACCUGGGCUCUGCUUGGUGGACUCGCCCUGUCGAGAUUCUCUUCAUGGCUGGCUACUGGGCCGUCUUUGGCUACGGUCUUCUCUGGUGCACUCUUCCUACCUGGCCCAUCAGAGUUGCAUUUGUCCUCAUUUCUCACUGCAUCACCAUGCUUUUGCACGUUCAAAUCACCCUGAGCCACUGGGGUAUGCCUACAGCCGACCUGGGUCCCACCGAGAGCUUCCCUCAACGCCAACUUCGCACUACCAUGGACGUCGACUGCCCUCAAUGGCUCGACUUCUUGCACGGAGGUCUGCAGUUCCAGGCUAUUCACCAUCUCUUCCCUCGCGUGCCUCGCCACAACUUGCGCAGACUUCAAGUCCUCGUUCGCGAGUUCUGCGACAAGACCGCCAUCAAGUACGAGUGCUAUGGAUUCGUCGAGGGCAACAAGGUUGUUCUGAGCAGAUUGGAGGAAGUCGGCGAGAUGGUCAAGACUCUUGUCAAGUGCCAGAAAUUCAUGGCCGAGACUGGCGAGAGUGGACUUCAUUGAUCUGCCGCUGUCUAGCUUCCUGAUGCUUGUCUUGCUGUUUUCUUGUUUACUCCCUUUUUAAAAAGAUACCCCCCCUACAGUGUUAGUGUAUACACAGAUUCUUCUUCCUCU